AUGGAAGAGGAGGAGGAUGACAUGGACUUCGUGGUGGAAGAGCUGGCCGAUACGGACGAGGAGGAUGACGAUGAGCCAUCCGAAGAAGCCUCUGACAGCGGUUCAGACCUAGCCUACGAGCCCGAGACGUGGGGCGAGCUGGUUGCUCCUGCCGGCGCUGCGGUGCCGCGGCCGCCGCCCGCUGCGGCGCCGCCGUCGGGCCCGCCAGCCCCAGGGGCCGGGGAUGAGGCAAUCAGCCGGCGCACGCGCAGCAAGCGGCCGCUGGGGCCGUCGGUCGAGCUGGAUCCAUCAGAGCUCGACCGCCUGCUGGCCGCAUUCGACCCCGAUGUGCAGCCGCUGCUGGACGAUGACGUGUACCGCCAGUUCCUGGAGACGCUGCAAGGCGGCGGGGGCAGCGCGCCGGCGGGUGACGAGGACGAUGACGAGUUCCAGCUGGACCUGUCUGACCUGCUGGUGGAGGAUGAACGUGACAUCAUGGCGCCACCUCAGCGCACGGCGCCCGCCACCACGGGCACCACCACCAACAGCAGCAGCAGCACCGAGAUGCAGAAGCCCGCGGCAAAGACGCCGGCGGCGGCCGCGACGACGGGCAGCGGCGCGCCCGCGGCGGCCGCCGCGGCGGUGGGGGGGCGGCGGGCGGCGGCAAGCGUCCGCUGA